CCCCACAGGAGGAGACCCCGCCCCCCAGGGCCCCGCCCCCUGAAGAGCCUCGGAUUGGGCCCAGCCUCCCGGCUCCGCCCCCUGCCAUGGCCACGCCCCCUCCGGAGCCACGCCCUGGCCCUGCCCACAUCGCACCGGUGCCACGCCCCCUGCGCAGGCCACGCCCACAGGAUCCGCCCUUCCCUGUGCCUGAGGUGGGGGCGGAGCCGGCGGCCGAGGACAAGCGGAAGGGGCGGGGCGAGCGGCUGAAGCGCUGCAUCCGCACGGCGGCCGGGAGCAGCUGGGAGGAUCCCAGUCUGCUGGAGUGGGACGCUGACGAUUUCCGCAUCUUCUGCGGGGACCUGGGCAACGAGGUGAACGACGAGACGCUGGGCCGCGCCUUCGGGCGCUUCCCGUCCUUCCUGAAGGCCAAGGUGAUCCGGGACAAGCGCUCGGGCAAGACCAAGGGCUACGGCUUCGUGUCCUUCAAGGACCCCAACGACUACGUCAGGGCCAUGCGCGAGAUGAACGGGAAGUACGUGGGCAGCCGGCCCAUCAAGCUGCGCAAGAGCCAAUGGAAGGAUCGGAACCUGGAGGUGGUGAGGCGCAAACAGCGCGAGAAGAAGAAACUGGGCCUGAGAUAGCCCCAACUGGGACAAACUGGGACAGACUGGGACAGACUGGGGCUGAGAUAGCCCCAACUGGGAUGGACUGGGACAGACUGGGGCUGAGAUGGCCCCAACUGGGACAAACUGGGACAGACUGGGCCUGAGAGAGCCCCAACUGGGACAGACUGGGACAGACUGGGCCUGAGAUAGCCCCAACUGGGAUGGACUGGGACAGACUGGGACAGACUGGGCCUGAGAUGGCCCCAACUGGGACAAACUGGGACAGACUGGGCCUGAGAUAGCCCCAACUGGGAUGGACUGGGACAGACUGGGACAGACUGGGCCUGAGAUAGCCCCAACUGGGACAAACUGGGACAGACUGGGCCUGAGAGAGCCCCAACUGGGACAGACUGGGACAGACUGGGCCUGAGAUGGCCCCAACUGGGACAAACUGGGACAGACUGGGACAGACUGGGCCUGAGAUGGCCCCAACUGGGACAAACUGGGACAGACUGGGCCUGAGAUGGCCCGAACUGGGAUGGACUGGGACAGACUGGGCCUGAGAUGGCCCAAACUGGGACAAACUGGGACAGACUGGGACAGACUGGGCCUGAGAUGGCCCCAACUGGGACAAACUGGGACAGACUGGGACAGACUGUGCCUGAGAUAGCCCCAACUGGGACAAACUGGGACAGACUGGGCCUGAGAUGGCCCGAACUGGGACGGACUGGGACAGACUGGGCCUGAGAUGGCCCGAACUGGGACAAACUGGGACAGACUGGGCCUGAGAUGGCCCAGACUGGGACAAACUGGGACAGACUGGGCCUGAGAUGGCCCAAACUGGGAUGGACUGGGACAGACUGGGCCUGAGAUGGCCCCAACUGGGAUGGACUGGGACUAACUGGGCCUGAGAUAGCCCGAACUGGGACAAACUGGGACAGACUGGGACAGACUGGGCCUGAGAUAGCCCCAACUGGGACGGACUGGGACAGACUGGGCCUGAGAUAGCCCCAACUGGGACGGACUGGGACAAACUGGGCCUGAGAUAGCCCGAACUGGGAUGGACUGGGACAGACUGGGCCUGAGAUGGCCCCAACUGGGACAAACUGGGACAGACUGGGCCUGAGAUGGCCUGAACUGGGACAAACUGGGACAGACUGGGCCUGAGAUGGCCUGAACUGGGACAAACUGGGACAGACUGGGCCUGAGAUGGCCCGAACUGGGAUGGACUGGGACAGACUGGGGCUGAGAUAACCCGGACUGGGACGGACUGGGACAAACUGGGAGGGACUGGGAGGGAGCGGGACGGCAAUAAAGGUGAAGUUAGGGCUGUG